UUACGAUACAAUAAGUGGUAGAGAUCGUACUAUAGUGCGUGUUGAGUCUCAACCAUCUUUUGUACACAGCAAUUUGGACUCAUUGGCACACUGUGAUGAAGGUUCCACCUGAAACCCAGUUUGAUGACAACCCAACUGGCUCUCCAAGAUUCACUUGGAGGGACCAUAUUAGUUCUUGCUGGUUAGUUCUCAGAUUAGUUUAGUCUUUCACACAUGUAUUUCAUGAUCCUUGGCAACACAUUGUUGCUGCUCGGUAGUAAUGGCAUGGGCAUGCGCGAUUUCUUGUAUUUUACGUCUCAAGAUUGCUUUUUUUUUUUAUUCAUUUUGAGGGUGUCUGCUCAAUGGGUUGCCACACUGGUGUAAAGUUUCAAACUUUACCAAGAAGGGUUCUCAUGUUUUGUAAUAGGUUAUAUAAAUUAACUCCAAAUAAGACAAGGUUCAUAUCCUGGUCCUUCAAUUAUAAAAUGUAUUACAUACACCUGAUCUUAUCUCUUACCAAAAAUUCAUCUAUCGAAACAGGAAUCACACACGACACAUCCUCAUAAAUGAGAGAUAACAAAUUGAGGAUUUAUGUUUUUAGGGACAAAGACGGAUAUUAUGUGCGUGGAUGGUGCUAAUGAUUGUUUUGUGCUAUGCAGGAAGGAUGCAGAUUAUAAACGAGUGGCCAUGGCUAGCCUUGUAAAGGCAGUUUACAUGCUUGAACUUGAUAGACAGGAGAACAGAACACAGGAAAAUGCUCUUGCUCCAAGUUGGUGGAUGCCCUUGAAGUACAAGCUCACCCAUAAAUUGAUUGAUAAAAGGGAUGGAUCUAUUUUUGGUGCAAUAUUUGAAUGGGAUAGAUCUGCAGCAUUGUCUGAUUUUAUACCAAUUAGACCAAAUGGUGCACCUAAAGCUGUUUUGGCACUCAGAGGAACAUUACUCAGAAGCCAUACAGGGCGAAGAGAUAUUGAGGAUGACAUCCGUUUUGCUGCUUGGGAAAGCUUGAAGGGCUCUUUCAGGUUUCAAGAAACUUUGGAGGCACUGAUAUCAGUUUCUGAUAUGCAUGGAAGCAGGAAUGUUUGCAUUGCAGGGCAUUCCUUGGGGGCUGGAUUUGCUCUUCAGGUGGGAAAGGAACUAGCAAAAGAAGGGAUUAAUGUGGAGGCACAUUUAUUUAAUCCACCUUCUCUUUCACUAGCCAUGAAUAUUGGAUAUAUUGGAGAAGGGGCCGAGUAUGUCUGGAAUGGACUUAAAUCAAUGUUUGUAUCAAGUAAUGAAGUUCAAGUUAGCAAUGAUGGACAUAAGACUUAUGGUAUAAGUGUGAAGCGAUUUAUGGGUCAGUUAUCAGGUAUGAUGGAUGCUUAUUUUGGCGUUGGAAAUAGGGUUCCUCAUUUGUAUAUUAACAGCAAUGACUAUAUCAGUUGCCUUUACUUUUAUGGAACCAGAGAGAUCACAGACAGCGAAAAUAUGGUUCCUGCAGAAGGAAAAAAUGUAGCAAAGUUGUUUGUUGUCUCAAAGAAAAACCAGGAAUUUCUUGAGGCGCAUGGCCUGAAACAGUGGUUUUCAAGUGAUGCAGAACUUGGGCAGGAUAUCCAUAAUUGCAAACUAAUAAGCAAGCAACUUAGCACUUUGAACAUUGCUACACCUUCACUAGUAAUAUUUUUACUUUAUCCACAUCUUGCUUCACUUGCCAUGAGUCACAUUAACAUCAGAGGAACGACUGAUUAUCUCUGGAAUAUACUUAAAUCUGUGCCCCUUUCUAGUGGAAAAGGUCAAGUCAGCAAUGAUGGAGACAAUACUUCUGGUGUAGGUUUGAAGGGUUGGACAUCUCAGUUAUCUCGCUUGAAGGAUGCUAGCUUUUGGGUGGUGAAAUGUGUUUCUUAUCUGAAAGUUUACAAGAAUGGUGGCACAAGAGAAAAGAAGAUAGAGGAGAAAAAGGAUCUUACUGAUCGGCAACUUAGAGCAAAGUUGUUGGUUGUCUCCAAAGAAAAACAGGAAUUUCUUGCAGCUCAUGGCCUGGAACAAUGGUGGCCAAGUGAUGCCGAACUUGUACAAACUAUCCAUGAUAGGGAACACAUUAGGCAUUUAUACAGCAGUACUCUUUGGGAAACAGCACAUUUAUUAAAUCCAUCUUUUGUUACACUUGCUAUGAAUCUCAGAAAUAUUGGAAAAGCUCAAGUGAGCAAUGAUGGAGACAAUAGUGGUGUAGGUUUAAAGGUUGGAUGCCUCAGUUAUCUAGCUUGAAGGAUGCUGGUUUUGCAGUGGGAAAAUGGGUUCCUCAUAUGUAUAGUAACAGCAGCGACUAUGUCAGCAGGCAAAUUAGAUCUUUAUACUCUUGUACACCUCAAGUAUCUCAUCUAUUCAAAAUGCCUUCUAUUGUACCAGACAUGAGACAUGAGUCAUAGAAAUACUAGAGAAGAAGUAGGAUUUGUCUGCGAAACUCGGGAUAGCAAUGACAAGAUUUCAGGUACUGAUUUGAAGAGUUGGAUACCUCAAUUAUCUGGCUUGAAGGAUAUUGGUGUUGGAGUGAGCAAUCGGAUUUCUCAGCUGUAUACUCGCAAGAGUAAUGACACAGCAGAAAACAUGGAGAACAUAGGUCAUUCUCACGUAGCACAAGGAAAGCCAAGUUCAUAAUGGAUUAUGUAGAUUACUUUUAAAAAGAUUUUAGUUUCACUACGCUUGAUUUUAUUUGCUUUAAAGUCUUUAUAUGCCAUGUUUUAUAAGCUUUUAAACAGAAGUAGAAGUAUGGGAGAUUUUCUCAACUGGGCCUUGCAACCUUCAAUUGGCUCCUCUAAGGCACAACAAUUGAGCUUUCUGGAGUUUGAUAUUCCUUGGGUCAUUUGGGAACA